AGUCCGGAUUGGCCCAAGCCGGGCAACGCUGAAGCGCGCGGCGCGGACCGCGGAAGUUUUGGGGAGCAAUGGCCGCCUCCUUUCCGACGAACCAGGCCAUCGUGGUGGGCGGCGGCCUGGGCGGCAUGUCCGCCGCCAACUCGGUGGUGGAGAGCGGGGGCCGGGUGGUGCUGCUGGACAAGUCCUCCUUCUGCGGCGGCAACAGCACAAAGGCCACCAGCGGCAUCAACGGCGCCGGCACCAAGACUCAGAAGGCAAAGGGCAUCCCGGACAAUGCCGACAUCUUCACCCAGGACACGCUGAAGGGAGGCGCCAAGAAGCCAGAACUCGCGAAGCUGCUGUGUGUGAACAGCGCCGCGGAUGUGGAUUGGCUGGUGGAGAAGUUCAACCUGGACCUGUCGCUGGUGGCCAGGUUGGGCGGGCACUCGCAGCCCCGGACGCACAGAGGGAAGGAGCGGUUCCCGGGCAUGACCAUCACCUACGCCUUGAUCCAGAUGUUGGAGAAGGUGGCGGAGAAGUCGGACCUGGCGCGCAUCAUCACCAAGGCCAAGGUCUUCAAGCUGGUCCAAGAGGGCAAGGCCUGCGUGGGCUGCGUCUAUGAGAAGGGGGGCCAGAACUUCCAGGACUUCGGCCCGGUGAUCCUAGCCUCCGGCGGCUUCGGCGCGGACUUCACCUCCAACUCCCUGCUGGCGCAGUACCGCCCCGACCUCCUGCAUUUGCCCACCACCAACGGCGAGCACUGCACCGGCGACGGCAUCAAGAUGGGCGAAGCCAUCGGAGCCAAGAGCAUCGACUUAGAGUGGGUCCAGGUGCACCCCACGGGCCUCGUGAAGCCGGACGACGCGGACGCCAAGAUCAAGUUCCUGGCCGCCGAGGCGCUGCGGGGCGUGGGGGGCAUCAUCCUGAACGCCGAGGGCAAGCGCUUCUGCAACGAGCUGGGGCGCCGUGACUACGUGACCGGUGAGAUGUGGAAGAGCAAACCGCCCUUCCGACUCUGCCUCAACAAGGCCGCGUCCGAGGAGAUCAUUUGGCACUGCAAGCACUACACCGGCCGCGGGGUGAUGAAGUCCUACGCCAGCGGCGAGGACUUGGCGAAGGACAUGGGUGUGCCCUUGUCUGUGAUCGAGCAGACCCACGAGGAGCACUAUGCUGCGGCCAAGAAGACAGAGAAGGACCCGGACGGCGGGUCUUGGCCCGCCUACCCCUCCGGCAAGUCUUGGGACGAGGCCAGCGGAAAGACCGGCAGCGGCAAGAAGUUUUACCACAACAUCAUCCCCGGCUCCGCAGUGAAGAGCGAGCCCUUCUAUGUGGCCAUCAUUACCCCGGUGAUCCACUACUGCAUGGGUGGCCUGCUCAUCGACACGGACUCCGCCUGCGUCGGCCCCAACAACACGGCGAUCCCGGGGCUCUACGCUGCGGGGGAGGUGGCCGGGGGGGUCCACGGGAACAACCGCCUGGGCGGCAACUCGCUGCUGGACUGCGUGGUCUUCGGCCGUGUGGCCGGCCAGGCGGCUGCCAAGUACAUGCUGGGCUCCGAUGUGAAGAACGUUGAUCUCAAGGACAUCACCGGCGGCGGCCUCACAGGCGCGGUGGAGAGCUCCAAGCUGGCGGGGGGCUCCUACGAGGACAAGAUGAACACCGCGGCGGCCGCCGGCGCCACAUCCGCCGGCGGCGGAGGCGGUGGAGGAGGUGGCAUCAGCCUAGCAGAUGUGGCCAAGCACAAUACCAAGAGCGACUGCUGGGUGGUGGUUUCUGGCCAGGUGUUGGACGUGACCAGCUUCCUGGGUGAUCACCCGGGGGGCGAGUUGGCCAUUCUGACCUUCGCCGGGAAGGAUGCCACGGAGGAGUUCAACAUGAUCCACCCCCCGGAUGUGAUCGGCAAGUAUGCGCCUGACUCUGUGAUUGGCACAAUUGGUGGCGGUGGUGGCGGCGGCGCUGUUGCAGGCGGCGGCGGUGGCGGUGGCGGUGGUGGUGGCAUCACCCUGGAGGAGGUGUCUAAGCACAACAGCAAGAGUGACUGCUGGGUGGUGGUGGACGGCCAGGUCCUCGAUGUCACCAGCUUCCUAUCGGAGCAUCCAGGCGGCGAGCUGGCCAUCCUCACCUUUGCCGGCAAGGACGCCACUGAGGAGUUCAACAUGAUCCAUCCGCCGGACGUCAUCGGCAAGUACGCCCCCGACGCCGUCAUCGGCAAGGUGGGCUCCGGGGCUCCGGCUCCGGCAGCUGCCAGUGCGGGCGGCGGCUUGGCGGCGCCGCUGCUGGAGAAGGGCGGGCACAAGGCGAAGGACUGGUCGCGCGCGGAGAAGAACCGGGAGCUGCGCAUGAAGGGCGAGGGCAGGAUCUCCGGCUGGUUCGGCGCGCUCUUCUACAUGGUCCUGGGCUUCAUGAAAGAGAUCCUCUUCACCAUCGUCCCCCAGAAGAACGUCACCUUCAACGGCGACCGCGUGGGCCUGACGCGCUCCGCGAUGUUCCUGUUCGUCUUCAUCAUCAUCCACGCGGUGGGGAACUUGCAUGUCUUCUUGGGCCCCGACGACUUCAACGGCUACGGAUACUUCUAUGUGCGCCUCUAUUGGACCGGCUUUGGUUUGCAGGCCAAUAUCGUGGAGGAGUACAUCUUGCUGGCGGCGCUGCUGCACGUCUUCGUGGCCCUGAAGCGAACUUGGGACAUCUCCAUCAACUACUCCGUGGCCUCGGGCAAGCUGAACUUGGCCUUCUCCGGAGUGACGCUUCUGACCUUCAUGAUGAUCCACCUCUACCAGUUCCGCUUUGGCGACACGCACCCCUGGAAGCUCUGCCCUCCGCCGUAUCUGCUGAACCUGAAGACGCUGCUGCAGCUGCGGCUGAACCUCUUCUGGGUGGACGACCCCGGGUGCCAGGCCGUCUACGUGCGCGACAUCUACCGCAUGGAGUUCGAGGUGUUCCAGUCGCUGGGCUGGGUGCUCUUCUACCUGGCGGCAGUCAUCAUCUUCAGCACGCACAUGUGCCUGGGCUGGCAGAAGGUGGUGCCUGCACCGGCCUUGGAGAUCCCGAAGAAGCACCAGAGUAGGGCCAUCCACAUGGGCUAUGUCUUCACCAUCUUCAUCGCCCUGGUCUACGCCAGCUUCCCGCUCUACGCCCACCUCUUCAGCAUGUCCGGGGGUAGCCUGAGCCAUGAGCCUGUGCAGCCGUGAGCGCGAGCGCUAGCUCGCGCCAGCUCGUGCCACCGGAGGGUUAAGUGAUGAUCCUCGGACGGUUUGUUUUUCGGCCGGCCACUUGGGUUUGUCCCAAAUCCCGCAGAACUCGAUGGGCGCUGCCUUUCCCUUGAUUCCUGAGGAUCAUUAGUCGUCACACACGUCGUGACAGCCGCUAAGCUUGAUUGCUUGGCUUGUACCGCAUGUCGCGACGUCGCGACGCACGCGGCGAGCGUGCACAGUUUGUUGACUGGGGUGGACAGUAUUGUCUUAUCUCGGUUGUUGUUGGCAAACAUUUUACAUUUUUGCUUAUUGUGGUUUAGUGGGAAAUCCCCACUUGGCUGCUAAAAUUUGAAUUGUUGCUCCCCUUUCAACGUCAAC